CGCCGUCCAUGUUUUUUCAUAUAAGCUUAGUGCAGCACGAACACUUGGAGGUUUACCGUUUCGCCUUGUUUCGAACUCGAACUCAUUUCCGAUAGUAGCAUGUCCGGUUCGGUAGCGGUCCGCCAACGGACGAGAAAGGGGUGUCUGACCUGUAGAAGACGGCGUCGAAAGUGUGACGAGGCGAGACCAAGAUGCCAGAAUUGUGAAGAGAAGCAGUUAGAUUGCCGAUAUGGCCUGCAGGUCAUCUUUCGGGAAUCCAAUCUUCUAGGCCUCACGCCUGUGGAGCGGAGAGAUCUUGAACGACGAGGACCUCUCAGGUAUUCUGAUCUCCGUUUCGUUGAUGCUAUGGAAGAGGAUUUGGAAUUUUUUGAAAGGUCCCCAACCAAAGAUUACACAACUCAUGCAAUUCGACAAGGGUUGGAGGCAGUUGAACAAAGUCCAUCGAGCGAUCUCCACAACGACUUUGGAGACAAUCGGUUGAAUGCUGAAAACGACUGGGACAUAAAUGAGGCUGGGCGGCGAACUAUGGAAGGCAUUGAAACAAAUGGAUUUAUCCGGACGCCCACAAUUACAACAACCCCCCCUCGUGGAACUGAUAAAGCCAGCAUUGAAGAAUUAAUUGAUACCGGCCAGGCGGUGUCUUUACCUCGAUCCCAGAACCCAAUGUCCCUUGAGUAUUUAGCCUCACCUAUAUCUUCUUCAUUUUCUUUGCAAAGCUACGCUUUUUGUGAUGCCCUUUCUUCACAAAGAGCAGAGCCACGAAACCCCAACGGGUUUGUUUCCGUUGAAGGCGUGAAUGAAGCCACUAUCUCAACAACUACGAAGCAUUAUCUAUUCAAAAUAUUUCUCGAGAGGACAUCUUCAUGGUUAGAUUUGAAUCGUCUGACGAAUUCUCUUGCUAUUGAACUAUCUAUUCUGGCUCGCACCAGCCCGUCACUUCUCUACAGCAUGUUAGAGAAUGCUGCAUGUCAAGAAAUCACGAAUCUCACGCCAUCUAGUCAUCACAUUGUGCGAAGCACGCUUCGAACGCUUACUCUGAAGUUACUGCAUUCCGAAGUCUGCCGGAGUAACAGUGUGGUUGCGGCCGAAAAUUUAUUGAGAGUCAGCCAGCUCUUGAUGACCGAAUUACUGGACUGGAACGUGGUUCUCCGCUCAAGUGGCUACAACACAACAUCUACACAGGAUGAGGUAUCACAUCAACGGCUCCUGUCUUGGGUCAUGGCUCGGUUCGACAUUGCUGCUGCACUGAUCUCAGCACUACCAACAGUGGCUGAUUUUGAACAAUACGGUAUCUCGCAACCCCUCCCAGCAAAUAAAGUUCAGGAUGCAAUCAUUCUUUGUGGCAAGGCCGUAGAUCUUAAAUUAUCGCAAAGUAUACACCCUAUUGGCAAAAUGGAAGAAUGGUUAAAGUUAUACACGGCGACAGAGAAUUGGCAAGUGUGUCUUGACACGGGAGCUCAACCAAUACUUGCGAUUAACGGAGUCAAAGCUGCCGACUCUGAGGACAUCUUAACCUCAUUUCCACUGGUCAUCUACACAAAUCGAGCUGACUUUUACAUUUCUUUUCUCUAUCAUCUGUCGUGUCUGCUACUUCUGCAAAGUCGGCCUCACUCACUCAGAAGGAUGAAAAGCGCCUGUUUGAAGACCAUCCCCUGGCACUCAGUACAGCUGUGUGGCAUUUCCAAGAGCAAUCGGCUUGCCUGGUCCUGGGACCCAAUUGUGGUGGCAGCUCUAUUAUUUGCAGGAAAGUUUUUGAGUUACUGUGAACAGCAGAGCGAAAUGGUGCAGCAUUUGCAAGGUCUCAGUGAACUUACUGGGUGGAAGACGAGAAAAGAGAUCGAAAAAUUAAAGGAGUUCUGGAACGCUGGCCAAUAGAGUUUUCUAGACAACUAAUUGUAACAGCAAUAGCGUUGACAAAACCCAGCGCCUCGUAUGGUGUGUCAGAAAACUACCUUCAGCUCCAUAAGAGCAUCCAAGCAUUUAAUUUGUC